AUGGGUCGGCGUUGGAUACGGUGGUCGCAUAAACGAGGGAUGAGGAGCUCAUUAAUAGCAUUCAUAUUCUUAGCGUGCGUGUUUCUCAAGCUGAGCUUGGGUUUGGGAUCGUAUUCCGGCGAGAACACGCCUCCAAUGUACGGCGACUACGAAGCGCAACGGCACUGGAUGGAGAUUACUAUUCACAUCCCUAUACACCAGUGGUACAAGUAUGACCUGCAGUACUGGGGCCUGGAUUAUCCUCCACUCACAGCUUAUGUAUCUUGGAUAUGUGGCAUUGCAGCACAUUCCAUCAAUCCCACGUGGGUUGCUUUGGACUCUUCACGCGGUAUCGAAACAGCAAGUAGCAAGCUCUUCAUGCGUGCCUCUGUUGUUGUUUUCGAUGCCUUGAUAUGCGUUCCUGCCCUAUUGUUGUUUUCUCGGACGUGGUUUAGCACACGCUCCCAAAGAACCCAAGAUUUAGCUUUCUUACUGCUAAUGUUACAUCCUGCGCUCCUUCUCGUCGACUUUGGACACUUUCAAUACAACUCUAUCAUGCUCGGUCUUACAAUCAUGGCUAUGAAUUUCUUUGCUACUGGACAAGAUCUCCUCGGUGCAGUUUCAUUCGUGUUGAGUUUAGGGUUCAAACAAAUGGCUCUUUAUUACGCGCCAGCCAUAGGUUCUUACCUGGUUGCGAAAUGUGUAUUGUUAGGUCCUGCACAUGGCGGGCGGCUUUUUGUUCACCUCGCGUUGAUAACGACCGCGACAUUCAUGUUACUAUUCUUGCCAUGGAUCCCCCCCUUCUCCGCCUCGCCGCUUCUCAUCCUCGACCCAAUAUCUCGAAUAUUUCCAUUUGCUCGCGGCUUAUUCGAAGACAAAGUAGCCAACUUUUGGUGCGCAUCGAACGUGGUGAUGAAAUGGAAGAAAUGGGCAGACCAAGAUAUACUGGUCAAGGCUGCCACCGUCUUGACCCUCCUUGGAUUUUCACCUAGCGUCAUCGUUGUAGGAAAAGCAGCAUGGGACUUGAAGGUAUGGAAUGAGCCCGCUGCGACAAGAGUGGUUGACUCGAACGGCGAAUCAGAACCGGAAGGGUCUUCAUCACAUAACCAAAUCCUUCCUCUCCUGCCCUAUGCGCUUCUAAAUUCAUCCAUGUCAUUUUUCUUGUUCUCAUUUCAAGUGCACGAGAAAACCAUCCUCUUGCCUCUCAUGCCCUUGAUGCUGUUGUUCUCUGGAGCUACCUCGGAUUCAGAGGUCUACUCAUGGGGUGCAUUAGGCAGCAAUGUUGCGGUGUUCAGCAUGUGGCCAUUGUUGAAAAAAGAUGGGUUGGCCCUGUCGUACUUCUCCCUGACAUUGUUGUGGAAUCGACUCAUCGGUCACGAUCCAAUCAAAGUAAUAUAUACAGCAUUUCCUUUCAAUUCUUAUGUGCACCUGCUUUCAGCUGGCAUAUACGCAGCUGUCAUAUUUCUGCAUAUCUUAGAACUAAUCAUCGCACCGCCCGCACGUUAUCCUGAUCUUUUCCCUGUUCUGAAUGUUCUCAUUAGCACACCUGUAUUCGUGUGCUUGUGGUUAUGGAGUAUCAAGUGCUGCGUUCAAGUCAGUUGGGCAAUAACUAGUCCAUUAGCCUUUGGCGAAGCGGAAAACGAGCAUAGCAAGCGCUCUUCUACGACAGUCAGUGAUGUAAAUGGAGGGCGAUUCUCGUUUGUCGCCAAGAGCGAUCGCACGAGGGCAGCCAGUUUAGGACAUGCGCGAGGGAAACGCGUUAGAAGGUCAUCCACACAUUCAGCUACAGGUUUAGCCACCAGUACUGCUAUUCCUCCAUCUUCCUCGGUAUUUCGUGGCAACGCUGGUAGCAACUUUGUAGAGGAACGGGUGACAGCCUACCCCGAGUAA